CCAUGAUACCCACCACAACAAUACCCACCACGACAAUACCCACCACGACAAUACGCACUAUACCACACUGACCGAUCCUUUAUUGUGGGAAGCCUGCGCCGACGCCUGUGACGUUCUCACGGAACGCGUCGAAACCUACUUGCGCGAGGCGGAGAAUCGGGUGGACCUGGCGGGACUGCGUCACGUUGUCAUCGACUCGCAGACCAAGGUAGCCCGCAUGUUGGCCCAAACGGUCGUAAUGGAAAAGCCGCAGGACGUCUAUCCUCAUUGGCAACGUUCCCACCACGACCGUCGGGAACCCUUCGUGCCCUCCUUGACGCACAAACCACACGCCACGGUACCGCUCGAUCUCACCUUGGUUCCGGGACACGGACUCGAUACACGACGUGGUACCCUCCACGCGACACCGCUUCUCCCCGACGACCUCGUCGCGCCUCACCAACACGUACCCCAUCCCUACCAACACGAACUGACGCACCAUUCGGAGUCCGCGCAACGGCUACCUCCCCCCGUUGUCGCUCCGCCACCGUUGACUCCACCCCGGUCCGGGAUCCUACCCGCUACCUGGAUUGAUACCGUGGACGAAUGGCGGCGUUUGGGAGAACGCUUGGCACACGUUACCGAAAUUGCCCUCGAUCUGGAAGCGCAUUCCUACCGCAGCUUUGCCGGAAUGGUCUGUUUACUGCAACUCAGUUUCCGCGACCAUCACUAUCACGACAAGGAUGACCACGACACUCCCAACGACAACGACGAUACUAACGACAAUUCCCCCACCGUGCACAAUUUUCUCAUCGACACAAUUGUUCUCAAACCGUACCUGAACGAAGUUUUGUUGCCGGUGCUUACCAAUCCCGACGUGGUCAAAGUCCUGCACGGCGCCGACUCGGACAUUGCCUGGCUCCAGCGUGAUUUCGGACUCUACAUUGUCAACCUCUUUGACACCAUGCGCGCCGCACGCGCCCUGAAAUUUCCGCGGGCUAGUUACGCCUACGUGCUGCAACACUACGUCGACGGACUCCACGCCGACAAGUCCGCACAGUUGGCCGAUUGGCGCGUCCGCCCCCUCCCCGAAGCUCUCCAACAAUACGCCAUCCAAGAUACGGCCUACCUGCUCGAUAUUUACGACCGCAUGCGCUACGACUUGUCGCAA